CCCACAUCUGCGAAUCUUCAACACAGAUGGGAACCAUUACGAAUAAGCUUAUUGUCACAGUUUCGAUAUUGUUUCGGGUUUUAUCCAUCUGUUGUGCUCAGAAUAUCGCUGCAUUUUUCGUCUUCGGAGAUUCACUGGUCGAAGCCGGAAACAACUUUUACAUCGACACAGUGGCUAAACCGGUGUUUCCUAAUGGUAUCGACUUCCCGAAAGGCACUCCGUCCGGACGAUACACGAAUUCCCGAAUAAUUACAGACGUUAUAGGUGAGGAAUUGGGUUUCAAAGAUUACGCUCCUCCUUUCUUGGCACCUAAUAUUACUGGAGAUAUGAUUUUGAAGGGUGUUAAUUAUGCCUCCUCUGGAGCUGGAAUUUUACAAGCUACUGGAUCAAUCUUUGGUGAAAGAAUUUGCAUGGAUAGACAAUUGGAUUACUUUGGCAAGACUAGGCAAGACAUCAUAUCCAAAAUUGGUGCACCAGCGGCUCAAGCACUGCUCAGAAACUCACUCUAUUUUCUUUCAAUUGGGGCCAACGACGUCUUAUUCGGAGAAUAUGAAACUCUUGACCGCAACAGCUACACAAAUGAAGUAGUUUCCAAUUUCAAAUCCCAGAUCAUAAGACUUUAUAACAUGGAUGCCAGGAAGUUCGCGGUAGCCGGGGUCUCGAAAGUGGGUUCCAUUCCAUUCGAGAUCGAUACACAUAUAUGUGCCCAGAAUUGUGCUGAGUCAUUGAACAACUUCGCCAAGUUAUUAAACUCGAAAUUAAAGAGCUUGGUCGAAGAUCUCACCAACAGUCUCGCGGGAUCGAUACUCAUUUAUGUCGAUAAUUAUGCAGUAACCGAAGAAAUCAUUAACAACUCUAGAUCAUACGGAUUUGAGAAUGUAGAUUAUGCUUGUUGCGAAGUGAUCGGGAGACACGGCGGUCUAAUUCCGUGCAUGGAGGUGUCUCGAGUUUGUUCCGACCGGAAGAAGUAUAUGUUUUGGGAUCCGUUCCAUCCGACGGAGUCGGCGAUUUUAAUUGCGGCAAAGUAUAUAUUGGAUGGUGGUACCGAAUAUGUUUCACCCAUCAAUAUCCGACAGCUUGCUAAUUCUUAAUGUCGACGUUUCAUCGUCUGAUUUAUUGAUAAUGUAUGACUUAAACACUUGUUGUGGGUAG